AUGGACAAUGGAACCGCAGUCACCGAGUUCUUCCUGCUGGGCUUGACCGACGUCCAGGAGCUGCAGUCUUUCCUCUUUGGGCUCCUCCUCAUCUUCUACCUCAUCAACGUGGUAGGCAAUGGCGCCAUCGUGAUGAUCGUCUCCUCAGAGCCGCGGUUCCACUCCCCCAUGUACUUCUUCCUGGGGAACCUUUCCUGUCUGGACAUAUGCUUCUCCACGGUGACCCUGCCCAAACUGCUGGCCAACCUCCUGUCUGCCCGCAAGGCCAUCUCCUUCCUCGGCUGCAUCACCCAGCUCCACUUCUUCCACUUCCUGGGCAGCGCCGAGGCCACCUUGCUGGCCGUCAUGGCCCUGGACCGCUUCGUGGCCAUCUGCCGCCCUCUCCGUUACCCGGUCAUCAUGAGUCGGUGGGUGUGUAUCCUGCUGGCUGGAGCCACCUGGGCCACCGGCUUCUUCCAUGCUCUGCUCCACUCGGUUCUGACAUCCCGGUUGUCCUUCUGCGGCUCCCACCAUAUCCCUCACUUCUUCUGUGAUGUCAAGCCACUCCUGGUGUUGGCCUGCGGCAGCAUCGAGCUAAACCUGUGGUUGCUCAACACCUUCACGGGGAGCCUGGCCACGGGCCCCUUCUUCCUGACGCUGCUCUCCUACCUCUACCUGAUCGGCUUCCUCCUGCUCCAGAGCCGCUCCUGGAGAGCGCUGAGCAAGGCCCUGUCCACCUGUGUGGCCCACUUCUCCGUGGUGAUCCUCUUCUACAUUCCCGUCGCCGUCGCCUACGCAAGCCCCUCCUCAGGCGACUCUCUGGUCCAGGACCGGGCCAACGCCGUCAUGUACAGCGUUGUCACCCCUGUGCUCAACCCCCUCAUCUACACGCUGAGGAACCGAGACGUCAAAGAGGCGCUGAAGAAAAUUUUCACCCGGAAGUUCUCUGCUUGA